AUGGGUGCUUACCUCCAAUCACCACAUGUGCUUCGAGAGGUUCGGACCGACGUCAAGAGCCCGCAAGCUCUGUUCAUCUUGGGUACACCCAGUCAUUGCGAUAGCACUGAAAUGCCAGCUAUUAGUUACGAGUUGAGUGUCAACGGUCAACUUGAACGGAAGCAUUACUGCGUUAACAAAGGAUCUGGUAUUGCCCGCCUCAUUUUUGUGGCAUCGAUCCGCGGAAAGCUUCUUUCUUUGCUCAUGGGUUCAAACGUUACUCAGUUCAUAUAUAACAUUGAGAAUCGAACAAUCUUACCUCGUUUACCCGAACCCUUCUCGAUAAAUCGCCGUUUUCGAGAACUGGCGCUCCGAAAGUUCUCAAGGGUCCAUGCUGUUGGAAGAAUCGUAUCGUACAAUGCGCAGGCUACUUUCGAUGACCUAAGGCUGAUGUAUGAUUGGUGCAUGGCUAGUCGACUGUUCAUCCGUAGCGAACACGCAGCUCGACAUGAGAAGUACCCUCCAACUAUCCUGAUGCGUUUUGAGCUAUCGGAGCGAGACAAUCUUUCCAACCUUCGGAUUCCGAUAACAAACAUCGUCGUGGCAACGACCAAGCUUCCAUUCAACACAGAGAUACGGGUUGAGUUAGUUCAUAUCAACUUGCCCGUUAGCGUUAAAGUUGCGGUCAAAACAGUAACCCUUCACAGGCUUCAACAACAGUUCCUUGUCUUUCUUACUGAUAUCUUGGACUUCUAUCCAGGCCAGAGUACUCAAGUCUGUCCACGCGUCACAAUGGAUGGUAACUUUGCAAUCAAGGAAGCAGAGUGUGAGCGAGAGGACGGAAGCGAUUUUCUUGUCAAGAAUAAGAGUACCGCUCUUGACUCUGACGAGAUGGAAGAGGAAGUUGAUCUGUGCAUGAACAAACUGCUAGAAAGAGAUGAUCCUGUUACGGCCGCAUACCUCCCCCAUCGCGAAGUCAACGAUGAUGGAAAUCAUACUACGUACAUCUUGGACUCACCGCAUGAUCACUCGUUGCUAGGGGUGGCUGUGUGGCUGGCUUGCUGCUUGUAG